UCAAAGUGUGCGAACAAGUGCUCUGUUGUUGAUCCUGCACUACCGUAAUCUGAAGUGAUCGACACACGCGCAGCAAAUCGCAGGCCUGUGCAGAGACUAACAUCUGCGUAGAUCUACGUCCGAACAAACACUGAAACAGCGCUCGUCGAGGUCCGGCUCCUUCAAAUAUUACCGCCCGACGACCUCAUGGUGGUGGCGAGUUUUCCAUGCCUGCAGUGUGUGGCCGGAACGAAGCCGCAAGGGUGGAGUUGAAUGUUGCAUUUCCAUACUGGCCUGGUGACGACAAGCUAUUCUGUAGCGUAGGUGUCUCGCUCCGACAUUACCAACAGCCAUCAUCGUUGCACGACACAUCAGCCUUAUUGGAAAACAGGUGCUCAGGAGCCUUGCUCCCUGCGUAGCGGGCUUGUCACCUACACCUGCAGGAUGCGCCUUGGCUUUGCCACACAGUCUCCACGAAGACGGGCCUGUGCCGCUGGUGUUGUCGUAUUGGCUGCGCUGUUCGGUCUCCUGCCAUUCUUCUGGAAGGGAUCGCUGUCAAGCCACUUCAUGGGUCAGCCGAGGCUCAUGGACGACCCUCUUCUGUUCUCCGUAGACAAUGGCGAGACGAGCAGGAGACCAAAGAAAAGAACGCUCGCAGUUGACAAGCUUAUGGGACAGCUGCAGUCAGGCGACCCCGAAUUCACAGAGGAAAGGAUCUUGGAGCUGAUGAGACUUCCCAAUAUGAGUUUUGCACCGUGCAAACACUGGGAGGCCAACCGGCUGCGUCGGGCGUAUGUCAACAUCGUACCCAACUUUCACGACGACAGCAAAGACGCCAAUAUAGCUGAUGAACAGAAGCGGAGACAAGAACGCCUGGAUGAGGUUUGCGAGAGCCCAAAAAUAACUGGCUCCGACACGAGGCUGACGCAGACGCAGAGAAAGAGCGUCUUCCAGCACUUGCUCGUGAACGACAACUACAAAGUGAUCUACUGUUACGUGCCCAAGAUCGGCUGUACCAAUUGGAAGAAGGUGCUGAAAGUGCUGUCCGAACGUGAUGCCUGGCCAGGCUGCUACCCAUUUAGCUUCAUACGUGACGUUGUGCCGCUUUCCACGUACAGCAAAGAGGAGAGACUCCACCGUCUUAAGACCUACUACAAGUUCAUGUUCGUGCGCGACCCGCUCGACCGCCUGGUCUCGGCUUACUUGGACAAGUUCCAUCCAAACGGCCAGGACAAGGGAUUUCACAAACACUACGGCACGUACAUCGUGAAGAAGUACCGUAAGCCGCCGCUGUCGUUGGCCGAAGAAAAGGAGACGCGCGGCAACGACGUGACGUUUCCAGAGUUUGUCAAUUACGUGGCGGACACGAAGCGCUACAUGUACAAUGAGCACUGGGCACCGUACGAGGACCUGUGCCAACCGUGCCUAGUCGACUAUGACUUUAUUGGCCACUACGAGCAGCUGACCGAUGAGUCUAAUUAUGUCCUGCGGCAGGCGAAAGCCGGCGGCAGAGUCGCGUAUCCGGGCCGGCAGACGUACUACCACACCUCGCCGCGUAGCCGUGUGCUCUCGUAUUACCACCAGCUGAAUACAACCAUGCAGAAACGAAUUCUGGAUAUUUAUGAUACCAGCUACAAUGUAUUUGCCUUUGAGAAGCCAGAACUAUCUAACCCAGAACCCCUUGAGUAGACGAAUUUGAACAUUUUUAUCAAACCGAAUCAUGACCAUAAAAGGUGAAAGUUAGAGAGUUUAAUUAUUUGCAAAGUUUCACAUGCACCUAGCAGGCCCAAAGCUAAUAAUGACCCUGCCAUCACACACCCAUCUUUUUCAUAAUGUAGAGAAGAGCAGGAAUAGCAUAGUAGUAACGUUAUUUUGCAAUCAGAAAUGUUAACGUGACGCAAAAAUGUUGAACAUUUUGCCUCAUCUGAGAUUCAACUCCCACAGCAAUCCUCCUAUGCCCCCCCCCCCACACACACGCCGCACAAAGCGUCCUGCCCCUGCUACCCCCCCCCCCCUCGCUACCCGGGCGUUUCUGCCCUGCUGGAACAUGGCCAUGCGCCACUAUAUGCAAUAUAUGCACCAGUGGCUUUCGUGGUACAUCUUGCCCCAAACGAUUCGCCAAUCAUUUGUACAUGUACUGCUGUUGCAUACAGUACAACUGACGAUGGCCGGAGUGCUACGCUCUGCCUUCUCAGUACCCGAGCACCCUCAGCAGACACGCUGGGGCAACCUUUGUAAUCUUAUUUUAUAUGUGCAUUAAAUUAUUUUGAGA